AUGGCUGACAGAACUGCUCCCAACUGCCACCUGAGACUGGAGUGGGUGUACGGAUACCGGGGACAUCAGUGCCGCAACAACCUGUACUACACCGCCGCCAAGGAGAUAGUCUAUUUUGUCGCCGGUGUUGGGGUUGUGUACAACACCCGGGAGCACAAGCAGAAAUUUUACCUGGGACACAACGAUGACAUAAUCAGUUUAGCUCUGCAUCCCGAGCGUGUGUUGGUGGCCACAGGGCAGGUGGGCAAGGAGCCUUACAUCUGUGUAUGGGACUCCUACACUGUGCAGACUGUGUCCAUUCUCAAGGAUGUGCACACACACGGCAUCGCGUGCCUGGCCUUUGACCUCGAGGGACAGUGUUUGGUGUCCGUGGGCUUGGACUCUAAAAACACAAUCUGUGUGUGGGACUGGAGGAGAGGGAAGGUUCUGGCAGCCGCUCCCGGUCAUACAGACAGAAUAUUUGACAUAUCAUGGGAUUUGUACCAGCCGAGCAAGCUUGUAAGCUGUGGCGUCAAACAUAUCAAGUUUUGGAGCUUAUGUGGUAAUGCUCUCACACCCAAACGUGGUGUUUUUGGCAAAACGGGGGAUCUCCAAACCAUCCUCUGCCUUGCAUGCGCCAAGGAUGAGGUCACGUAUUCAGGUGCCUUGAAUGGUGACAUCUACGUGUGGAAAGGGAUCAACCUGAUGAGGACAGUGCAAGGAGCUCAUGGGUCAGGGAUUUUCAGCAUGAAUGCCUGCGAAGAGGGCUUCGCCACCGGGGGCCGAGACGGCUGCGUCCGGCUGUGGGAUCUCAACUUCAAACCAAUUACUGUCAUUGAUCUCAGGGAAACAGAUCAAGGAUAUAAAGGGCUGUCUGUGCGGAGCGUGUGCUGGCGGGGAGAUCACAUCCUGGUGGGCACGCAGGACAGCGAGAUCUUCGAGGUGGUGGUCCACGACCGCAACAAGCCCUUCCUCAUCAUGCAGGGUCACUGCGAGGGCGAGCUGUGGGCGUUGGCCGUGCACCCCACCAAGCCUCUGGCCAUGACAGGAAGUGACGACCGCUCAGUCAGGAUAUGGAGCCUUAUAGAUCACGCACUGAUAGCCCGCUGUAAUAUGGAGGAGCCUAUCCGCUGUGCCGCUGUGAGCACCGAUGGCAUUCACCUGGCGUUGGGAAUGAAGGAUGGCUCGUUCACUGUUCUGAGAGUCAGGGAUAUGACAGAGGUGGUCCACAUCAAGGACAGGAAGGAGGCCAUUCAUGAGCUGAAGUAUUCUCCUGACGGGGCCCAUUUGGCCGUCGGCUCCAACGAUAACUCAGUGGACAUCUAUGGUGUGGUGCAGAGGUACAAGAAAGUGGGCGAGUGCAUCGGCUCCAACAGCUUCAUUACACACAUGGACUGGUCCACGGACAGCAAGUACCUGCAGACCAACAAUGGCAGCGGCAGGAGGCUUUUCUAUAGGAUGCCAAGUGGGAAGGAGGUGACCAACAGGGAAGAGCUGAAGCUGGUACAGUGGGCUUCAUGGACGUGUGUGUUGGGCCCUGAGGUUAAUGGAAUAUGGCCCAAGUACUCAGACAUCAAUGACAUCAACUCGGUGGAUGCCAACUUCAACAAUCAAGUCUUAGUAACAGCUGACGACUAUGGAUUGGUCAAACUUUUACGGUAUCCAUGUGUAAAAAAAGGUGCAAAAUUUAAAAAGUAUUUAGGUCAUUCAGCCCACAUAACCAACGCUAGAUGGUCACAUGACUACCAGUGGGUGAUAACUAUUGGUGGUGCUGAUCACUCCGUGUUCCAGUGGAAGUUUGUCCCUGAAAGAAAGUCUAAAGAAGCUCUGCAUAUAGCGCCGCAAGAGACCUUGGCAGACUCUAACAGUGAAGAGUCAGACUCUGAUCAGUCAGACGUACCUGAGAUGGAUUCAGAAAUCGAGCAGGAGACGCAGCUCACAUAUCGACGACAGGUGUAUAAGGAAGAUCUACCUCAGCUCAAAGAGCAGUGCAAAGAGAAGCAUCGAGCGACGGCCAUGAAGAAGAGAGAGCGAGCACCAGGGAGCGGGGUGAAGCUGCACUUCAUCCAUGGCUACAGAGGCUACGAUUGCAGGAGCAACCUGUUCUACACUCAGACCGGGGAGAUAGUCUACCAUGUAGCUGCCGUUGGGGUUGUGUACAACAGACAACAGAAUACGCAGCGUUUCUACAUGGGUCAUGAUGAUGACAUCCUCUCUCUGGCUAUCCACCCCCUCAAAGACUUUGUAGCAACGGGCCAGGUUGGCAGAGAUUCCUCCAUCCACAUAUGGGACACAGAAACGUUGAAACCCAUGUCCGUGUUGAAGGGUUUCCACCAGCUCGGAGUGUGCGCUCUGGACUUUUCUGCGGAUGGCAAACGGCUGGCCUCCGUGGGCCUGGACGACAAUCACACCAUUGUGCUGUGGGACUGGAGGAAGGGGGAGAAGCUCUCUGCCAUGCGGGGAAGCAAGGACAAGAUUUUCGUUGUCAAAAUAAACCCGUACCUGCCGGAUAAGCUCAUCACAGCUGGUGUGAAACAUAUGAAGUUUUGGCAUAAAGCUGGUGGUGGACUAAUUGGGCGCAAGGGGAACAUGGGGAAGACGGAGACUAUGAUGUGCGCCGUGUACGGCUGGUCGGAGGAGAUGGUGUUUUCGGGCACAUGCACCGGGGACAUUUGCAUCUGGAGGGACAUGUUCCUGAUGAAGACCGUCAAAGCUCACGACGGCCCUGUUUUCAGUAUGCACGCUCUAGAAAAGGGAUUUGUGACUGGAGGAAAGGACGGUAUAGUGGCUCUGUGGGAUGACACUUUCGAGAGAUGCCUCAAGACCUACGCCAUCAAGAGAGCAGUCCUGGCCCCAGGCUCUAAAGGGUUGCUGUUGGAAGACAACCCCUCCAUACGUGCCAUAUCUCUGGGCCACGGCCACAUCCUGGUGGGGACCAAGAACGGUGAGAUCUUGGAGGUUGACAAGAGUGGUCCCAUCACUCUGCUGGUCCAGGGCCACAUGGAGGGUGAGGUGUGGGGCCUGGCCACUCAUCCCCAUCUCCCUCUCUGUGCCACUGUCAGCGAUGACAAGACCCUGCGCAUAUGGGACCUCUCACCCAGUCACUGCAUGCUGGCUGUACGCAAGCUCAGGAAAGGCGGCCGCUGCUGCUGCUUCUCUCCUGAUGGCAAAGCCUUGGCGGUGGGCCUGAACGACGGCAGCUUCCUUAUUGUGAACGCAGACACCCUGGAGGACCUGGUGUCCUUCCACCACCGCAAGGACAUCAUAUCUGAUAUCCGAUUCUCUCCAGGUACUGGGAAGUACCUUGCAGUGGCAUCAGGAGACACUUUUGUGGAUAUUUACAAUGUAAUGAGCAGCAAAAGAGUUGGAGUCUGCAAAGGAUGCCUCAACUACAUUACCCAUCUGGACUGGGACAAGAGAGGAAAACUACUUCAAGUCAACACAGGUGCUAAAGAGCAGUUUUUUUUCGAAGCUCCUCGCGGCAAAAGGCAGACCAUUCCGGCUACAGAGGUGGAGAAGAUCGACUGGAGCACGUGGACGUGUGUCCUGGGAACGUCUGUUGAGGGAAUCUGGCCCGUGAUCAAUGAGGUGACAGAGGUGACCGCUGCCUGCCUUAGUAACGACAGGAAGGUGCUGGCAACAGGAGAUGAUUUGGGAUACGUCAAGCUCUUCAGAUACCCUGUCAAGGGGAAGUAUGCAAAGUUCAAACGCUACGUGGCCCACAGCGCACAUGUUACCAAUGUGCGAUGGACCCAUGACGACAGCCUCUUGGUGACAGUGGGUGGGGGUGACACAUGCCUCAUGAUCUGGGCCCAUGAGCCCGAGAGCCACAGGGAAUUCAAACAGUGUGACAGCGAGGAGUCGGACAUCGAGAGCGAGGACGACGGAGGUUACGACAGCGAUGUUACGAGAGAGAACGAGAUCAACUACACCAUCAAGGCCUUAUCCACCAACAUGCGACCCAUGACUGGUGUGAAACCCCACUUGCAGCUGAAAGAGCCCUCUGUUGAUGAAAGACAAGGGGUGGUGAGAGGGUCAAGGCCUCCUGUCAGCAGAGCGCUGCCUCAGCCAGAGAAGCUGCAGACCAACAAUGUUGGCAAAAAGAAGAGACCAAUCGAGGACCUAGUGUUGGACCUGGUAUUUGGUUACCGUGGCAAUGACUGCCGCAAUAACGUGCACUACCUGAAUGAGGGGGCGGACAUCAUCUACCACACGGCCUCAGUUGGCAUCGUGCUCAACUUGACGACCUCCUGCCAAAGUUUCUAUGUUGAACACAGUGACGACAUUCUGUGCCUGACCAUCAAUCAACAUCCCAAAUUCCCCAACGUGGUGGCAACUGGCCAAGUAGGUGAUACUGGUGACAUGUCAGCCACGUCUCCAUCUAUUCAUGUGUGGGACGCCAUGACCAAGCAGACGCUGUCGGUGCUACGCUGUUUCCACUCCGGUGGAGUUUGUUCUGUCAGCUUCAGUGCCACAGGAAAACUCCUGCUGUCUGUGGGCCUGGACCCUGAACACACUGUCACCAUCUGGAAGUGGCAGGAAGGUGCCAAAGUGGCCAGCCGGAUAGGUCACACCCAGAGGAUCUUUGUGGCCGAGUUUCGGCCAGACUCAGACACGCACUUUGUGUCUGUGGGGAUCAAACACGUGCGCUUCUGGACGUUAGCUGGUCGAGCUCUGCUCAGCAAGAAAGGUGUGCUGAGCUCCAUAGAGGACGCCCGGAUGCAGACCAUGCUGUCUGUAGCAUUUGGAGCUAAUAACUUGACAUUUACAGGUACCAUAAGUGGGGAUGUGUGUGUGUGGAAGGAACACAUUCUAGUAAGAAUAGUGGCCAAAGCUCAUACGGGCCCUGUGUUCACCAUGUACACCACACUGAGAGACGGCCUCAUUGUCACCGGAGGCAAAGAAAGACCGUCAAAGGAGGGAGGUGCUCUGAAGCUCUGGGACCAGGAGCUAAAACGCUGCAGAGCCUUUCGAUUAGAAACUGGACAGAUCAUAGACUGUGUUCGGUCUGUGUGCAGAGGAAAGGGUAAAAUCCUCGUGGGGACCAGAAACGCAGAGAUCAUUGAAGUAGGGGAGAAGAACGCAGCGUGCAACAUCUUGGUGAACGGACACAUGGACGGACCUAUCUGGGGCUUAGGCACGCAUCCCUCUAGAGACGUGUUUCUGUCUGCUGCAGAGGAUGGCACUGUUCGCCUGUGGGACAUCCCAGAGAAGAAGAUGCUGAAUAAGGUGAACCUGGGCCACCCGGCGCAUACCAUCAGCUACAGUCCCGAGGGAGACAUGGUGGCCAUCGGCAUGAAGAAUGGAGAGUUCAUCAUCCUGCUGGUUACCUCGCUCAAAAUCUGGGGCAAGAAAAGGGACCGGCGCUCUCCUAUCCAGGAUAUUAGGUUCAGUCCAAAUUCUCGUUACUUGGCUGUGGGCUCCACUGAGAGCGCAGUCGACUUCUACGACCUGACGCUCGGCCCGCAGCUGAACCGCAUCAACUGCUGCAGGGACAUCCCCAGCUUCGUGAUGCAGAUGGACUUCUCUGCUGACAGCACUUACGUCCAGAUAUCCACAGGUGCUUACAAACGACUGGUGUACGAGGUGCCGUCUGGGAAGCAGGUGACAGAGCAGUCCCACAUUGACAGGAUUACCUGGGCCAGCUGGACGAGUGUCCUUGGCGACGAGGUUGUUGGGAUCUGGUCCCGUAACACCGACAAAGCAGAUGUCACCUGUGCCUGUGUGUCCCACUCAGGCCUUAACAUUGUCACAGGCGACGACUUUGGGAUGGUAAAGCUGUUUGACUUUCCAUGUCCAGAGAAGUUUGCCAAACACAAACGGUUUCUGGGUCAUUCUGCUCACUUGACCAACAUACGCUUCACCAACGGAGAUCGCUUUGUUGUCAGUGCUGGUGGAGAUGACAGAAGCCUCUUUGUGUGGAGGUGUGUUCAUGCUCCUCACUGAGGAUCA